UUACAACCUUGACUUUGUAGAUCUCGCAGAGUUAUCUUUAGCAGCGACGAGAUUAUUGGAGAUGUAAACAGUGUGGAGGAAACCUGAAAGCAAGCAAAGUUGUCAAGGAUAAGACUUACACAUAUAUUCAACAAAAUGUCGAUGAAAACACUGCCUUUACUUUUUAUAAACCUGGGAGGGGAGAUGGUCUAUAUAUUGGACCAAAGAUUGAGGGCUCAGAAUAUUCCAGAAUUGAAGUCGUCGAAGGUUUUACAUGAUAUAGUAUCUACUAUGUUUAAUAAAAGAUUCAUGGAUGAACUUUUCAAGCCGCAGACCCUUUAUUCCAAAAAAGCCAUGAGAACGGUGUUUGAUCGCUUGGCCCACGCAUCUAUCAUGCGACUAAAUGCAGCUAGUAUGGACAAGCUUUAUGAUCUAAUGACAAUGGCAAUUAAAUAUCAAGUUUCUUUGUGUCUAAGACCAAAAGAUAUUCUACUAAGUACGUUAAAUCAUAUGGAUGCCAUUAGAAACUAUAUUGAAGGUGCACCCAAUAUUAGACAGCAAGUAGAUCAUAUAUACAGAAUGUUAAUUGAGACAUAUGUACCAAUGACACCUGGUGAAUGUCAUCUAAUGAGACAGACUUUAAUGCAUUUUUUUCAAGACAUGCAUAUAAGGGUAUCAAUAUUUUUAAAAGAUAAAGUACAGAGUAACAAUGGUAGAUUUGUCUUGCCAACAAGUGGUCAAGUUCCAUGGGGGUCAGAAGUUCCUGGAGUUAUUAGGUUAUUUUCUGAUGAUGGUAGAACAAAAAAUGUAGAGUUUCCAGCAGGUGGUUCCUUCACCAUGACCAAGAAAGAAGGUUCUUUUGAUAUGAAAGGCGAUCGUGUUACUUUACUUGGUACAAAUAUGUAUUCUGCUUCCCGUCCUGUUGAAACUAGUGUUAUACCCAGUAAAACAACAACACCUUCUUCUGAUAUAGAUACAAGCAACCCAAAUCCAUUAGCAAAAGCUCAUUUAGAUCUGUUGUCUCAACUUAUUGGUGCUAGUUUAACAUCAGAGAAAACUGAAUUCCGUCUGAAUUUAUUUAAAACUGACGAAGAAGAAAAUAAAGCAGCUGCCAUUCGUCCAAUAGAAACAGCUGAAUCUCAAGUAGUGAAAAUAGAUGCCUCAAAGAAAUCUAAGAAUGCAGAAUUAAGCCGUAUAAUGGGUGAACUAUCUGUUGAUGAAGGUGAUGAUGAUGGUGGUAAUAAAGGCGAUGAUUUAUUAGAUUUAAUGGAUAGUGCAUAGAUAAUACAGAUAGACAAGACCAAUAGAUAUCUUUACAUUGACUCUCAACAUUCAAUAGCUUUGUUUGUAGACCAAGUACCUUUAUAAAAAAUAGUUUGAUAUUAGUUAGUUAGUAAUCCAAUGGUUUUUAAAGGUGUAUCUGUAGUACAAAUGAUAGAAAUCAUAUUCUGUUCUAAUGACAAUAAGGAGUAACAAAAUUGUUUAAUUUUAGUCACUGAUUGGUAAUAGAGAUCCUUAUUCAUUUAUGUCACAUAUUUUCUUAUAAUGAAUUUUCCUAAAUGAGUGAAAGAUUUAAAAUCUUAUUCUUGUUUUAAGCUUUGUUUGUUAAUACAAUUAAAUCCUGAUUCUUUUUUAAAUUCAGUUUGGUUUCUGGUCAAAUUUGAAAUUCUAUACAAUCUAAAUAUGAUACUGAACUCCAAGAUGAAAAAUACAAAAUGGAUCCAGAUUAAACUCAAACAUGUCCUAAAUUUACUGGUAUUAAACAUAGUUCUAAACUACAAAAUAGGUUUCUAUAUUAUUGUAUUUCAAAAAUAGAAUAAAUAUUUAUCGGAAAACUUUUUGCAGAAAUUAGUGAUUAUUUUUGUAAUAUUCAGUAAGUAGGAAAAACUAAAUUCCGAUUUCCUACUUGUACUCCACUUGGAAUGAUUUGGACAAACUUCCCCAAAGAAGAUAUGUUAGUCAAUUGCAUAAUGUUAUUAGCAUAAUCAAUAAUAUUUGCUUUUUUAAUAGUAAUAUUGAAGAUCUGUUAUUUCUUUAUUUUAAAUUAUAUGUUAGUUAUAUUUGAAUGAUGCUUUUACACAUCUUCUAUUCUAAUUAUAUGUAAUUGAUUAGUCAAUAUUUCUAGCACAUUAUUUGUUUAACUGUUUAUAUUUAUUACAGAGUUAUGUCCCAUGUUCGAAUAUUUAAUCAUGGCAACAAAAUGAUAAUUAUUAUUAUUGUGAACAGCAUUCCAUCAUACCAUUUGUGAAAUAGUAUUGUAUUAGUGAAAGAAAACCUUAUGUGUAAUUGUUGUUGUCUUAUGAUAAAAAAUAUGAUUGAUAUUUUUAAAUACCCUUCGGACAUGGAUGUUGUGCAGCAAUAAGGUUGCUUAAAAUGUAUUAACAAAGCUGUAGAUCUAUAUAAAAUCCUGUUUUUAAAUAUUCCAGUUUACCAACUUCAGUUUCGUGUACAUGACACAUUCAGAUUAAUGUCUGACCAAUUUAAAAUUUAUUUAUUAGUGCAUUAUGAAUGUUAAUGAGGCAAAAAAAUAUCUGGUUGAUUUCUGAUAAUUACUGUUGAUAAUUGUCUAACAUCAAAUGAUCACACCAUCUUUUUGUAAUUAAUAACCAUUGCUUGUGUUUGUUGUAAAAAAAGGGGACAGUGUUUAAGAAUUUGUCUUUGUAGUAACUAAAAAUGUUUAUGUACUUUAUUUUUCAUUCAUAUUGUGUUAAAAAUGUUUUCAGAGGCACCAUUACUUCAAAAAAUUUAAAUUCACAUGGUAGUAUAUUUAAAAGGUGGCAAGCAAAUAGGAUGGCUGUUUUCUAUUCAUACUAAAUCCAAAAAGCUGCAUUCUGUUUUAGGCAUUUUAAUCAUCCAUUUAAGAAGUCGAAGGACACUGAUUGCAAUGCCAUACUAUGAUAAUCUUGCCAUCUUAGCAAUUAUACGAUUCAUCAAAAUGAUGAUUUCCUUAUUCCACAAUUUUUGUAUCCUUGGUUAUUAAGUAUUGACUCUUAAGAAGCUGGUCCAAGGGACAUUUCCCAAAGCAGAAACUCACUUUAGUAGUCUGUUAUUUAAUAUUCAACAUAAUAUUGAAACAUUCAAUUCACCUUUAGUUUUGUUGCCUCUUAAUAAUAAUCAAAAAUACUAACUACAUACAUUUGAUACAAACUUAAAAAUUUAAUUAUGUAUUGGCAGAUUGGCUUAAUUACGCACACAUACAAGUAUAGAUGUCAGAUUUAAAUGUGUAGUAAAAUAUGUGAGGUUUUGCCAAGUAAGAGUGUUCCGUCCAUUAUUAUGAUCAAUGUAUACAUGUACAAUAAAUGAACUGUGAUAAAACAAUUCUUGCUAUUUUAA